UGGCCGACCAGCCCCCACUGGUGCAGGCGAUUUUCAGCGGCGAUCCAGAAGAGGUGCGGAUGCUGAUCUACAAGACGGAGGAUGUCAACGCCCUGGACACUGAGAAACGAACUCCCCUUCACGUUGCAUCUUUCCUGGGUGAUGCAGACAUCAUUGAGCUGCUCAUUUUGUCAGGCGCUCGUGUCAAUGCCAAGGACAACAUGUGGCUGACUCCUCUUCAUCGAGCUGUCGCCUCAAGGAGCGAAGAGGCUGUGCAGGUGUUGAUCAAGCACUCGGCCGACGUCAACGCUCGGGACAAGAACUGGCAGACGCCGCUGCACGUGGCGGCCGCCAACAAGGCGGUGAAGUGCGCCGAGGUGCUCAUCCCCAUGCUGAGCAGCGUCAACGUGUCCGACCGCGGCGGGCGCACGGCCUUGCACCACGCCGCGCUCAACGGCCACAUCGAGAUGGUAAACUUGCUCUUAGCCAAAGGGGCAAACAUCAAUGCUUUUGACAAAAAGGACAGAAGAGCUCUUCACUGGGCAGCAUACAUGGGUCACCUGGAAGUUGUUGCCUUACUGAUCAACCAUGGUGCAGAGGUGACUUGUAAGGACAAGAAGGGUUACACUCCACUUCAUGCAGCUGCAUCCAAUGGGCAAAUUAAUGUAGUAAAACAUCUCCUUAAUCUGGGUGUAGAGAUUGAUGAAAUGAACAUCUACGGGAACACUGCACUUCACAUUGCCUGUUACAACGGUCAGGACUCCGUCGUUAGUGAGCUGAUUGACUAUGGUGCUAAUGUAAACCAGCCUAAUAAUAAUGGAUUCACUCCCUUGCAUUUUGCUGCUGCCUCCACUCACGGAGCGCUGUGUCUUGAACUGCUAGUGAAUAAUGGGGCAGAUGUAAACAUUCAGAGUAAGGAUGGGAAGAGUCCGCUGCACAUGACCGCUGUCCAUGGGAGGUUCACGCGGUCACAGACCCUCAUUCAGAAUGGAGGUGAGAUUGACUGUGUUGAUAAGGAUGGUAACACCCCUCUGCAUGUGGCUGCAAGAUACGGACAUGAGCUUCUGAUCAACACCCUCAUAACCAGCGGAGCUGAUACUGCCAAGUGUGGGAUCCACAACAUGUUCCCUUUACACUUAGCAGCACUUAACGCUCACUCAGACUGCUGCAGGAAAUUGCUGUCGUCGGGACAAAAGUAUAGCGUAGUGUCCUUGUUUAGUAAUGAGCCCGUGCUGUCUGCAGGCUUUGCCAUAGACACCCCCGACAGCUUCGGGAGAACGUGCCUCCACGCCGCCGCCGCCGGAGGUAACGUUGAAUGUAUAAAACUCUUGCAAAGCAGUGGAGCUGAUUUUAAUAAGAAGGACAAACGUGGGAGGACACCUCUGCACUAUGCAGCUGCAAAUUGUCACUUCCACUGUAUUGAGACACUGGUGACAACAGGCGCCAACAUCAAUGAAACAGAUGAUUGGGGGCGUACCCCUUUGCACUAUGCUGCUGCUUCUGACAUGGACCGAAAAAGAAAGAAUAUUUUAGGUAACUCCCAUGAAAAUGUUGAAGAACUUGAAAGAGCCACUGAGAUGAAGGAAAAAGAAGCUGCAUUGUGUCUAGAGUUCCUGCUUCAGAACGAUGCCAAUCCAUCCAUCCAGGACAAAGAAGGGUACAACACAGUGCACUACGCCGCUGCAUACGGGCACCGACAGUGCUUGGAGCUGCUUCUGGAAAAAACAAACAAUAUAUUUGAGGAGUCUGAUUCGACACCUACAAUAAGUCCUUUGCAUUUAGCUGCUUAUAAUGGUCAUCACCAAGCCUUGGAAGUCCUCCUCCAGUCUCUGGUGGAUCUGGACGUUAAGGAUGAGAAGGGCCGCACUGCUUUGGACCUGGCUGCCUUUAAAGGACACGCAGAGUGUGUGGAAGCUCUCAUCAGCCAGGGUGCUUCUGUCACUGUAAAAGACAACGUCACCAAAAGGACCCCGCUCCACGCUUCCGUCAUUAAUGGCCACACGCCGUGUUUACGAUUGUUGCUAGAAGUUGCGGACAACCCUGAUGUGACAGACGCCAAAGGACAAACCCCACUAAUGCUUGCUGUGGCAUAUGGGCACAUUGAUGCUGUUUCCUUGUUACUUGAAAAAGAAGCAUCUGUUGAUGCGGCUGAUCUGCUGGGAUGCACAGCUUUACAUCGAGGGAUCAUGACCGGGCAUGAAGAGUGUGUUCAGAUGCUCUUGGAGAAAGAAGUGUCUAUUUUGUGUAAAGACUCCAGGGGCAGAACCCCGCUGCACUUCGCAGCGGCUCGGGGUCACGCCACGUGGCUCAGCGAGUUACUGCAGGUGGCACUUUCAGAGGAGGACUGCAGCUUGAAAGAUAAUCAUGGCUACACACCACUGCACUGGGCUUCUUACAAUGGUCAUGAAAACUGCAUAGAGGUACUAUUGGAACAAAAAUUAUUCCGCAAAUUCUAUGGUAAUAACUUCUCUCCAUUGCACUGUGCCGUAAUUAACGAUCAUGAAAACUGUGCAUCGCUGCUCAUUGGAGCCAUAGAUGCCAGCAUUGUUAAUUGCAAAGAUGACAAAGGAAGGACGCCCCUUCACGCGGCAGCCUUUGCGGACCACGCCGAGUGCCUGCAGCUGCUCCUUGGGCACCGCGCGCACGUGGACGCCGCCGACCGGUCGGGGAAGACGCCCCUCAUGAUGGCAGCUCUCGGCGGGCACGUGGGCGCCGUAGACUUCUUGGUGAACAUUGCCAAGGCGGACCUGACAUUAAAGGAUAAGGACUUGAAUACACCUUUGCACUUGGCUAGCAGUAAAGGUCAUGAAAAAUGUGCCUUGUUAAUACUUGACAAGAUCCAAGAACAGAGCCUUAUUAAUGCAAAAAAUAAUGCAUUGCAGACACCUCUCCAUAUUGCUGCACGAAAUGGCUUAAAGCUGGUGGUGGAAGAGUUGCUAGCCAAAGGGGCCUGUGUCCUAGCAGUAGAUGAAAAUGGUCACACGCCAGCCCUGGCUUGCGCUCCUAACAAAGACGUGGCUGACUGCCUGGCGCUCAUUUUGGCCACCAUGAUGCCUUUUGCUCCUGCCAGUUCAGUGACGACUUUCAACUUGGUUGGCUUUAAAAAAGACCCGUUGGGCAGGACACAUCUCUGCGAUGGCACCGCUGUGGGUGGCGUUAACUCUUGCGGGAAGCCCUUGAGUAAUAACCUAGGAACGGAGGACGGGUACAAUGAAAACGAUUCUGAUUCGGAAACAUUUUGACUUUUUGGCAUUCAAAGCUUUUUAUUAUUAUUUAAGUUUACUUCCUUUUUUGUCUUUUUAAAAGGCUUAAGUCUCACUGCUAUACUCUUCAUUAUUAUUCUUGCCAAAUAGGUAUUGGAAGAUUUGCAGUAUUGCUAAGAAUCAAGCCUUUAAAUAACAAACUUAGGGGAAUUUACUGGAACGCAUUCCCAUUUAAUGUUCUGCGGCUUUUCAACUUCCUCAUGUUUUCUUUAGGCCCUAAGUGCCCCUGUGGAAAGUCUCUACCUCUUAUUUUAAGUAGAAAAGGAGAAAAUGCCUCUUUGUGACAGCACAAGUAAACAGGGAACUGUUUGUAAAAUGUACUUAUAUAUUUAGCUGUACCUUUAGUACACAAAUAUAUUUCCAGUGUAGUUUUUCAUAGAUUUCAGCCAUCAUCCCCUCCCUCUGUUUGUCUGUUUCCUAGUUCCAGGGGCUCUAUUAAUUAGAUAAAGUUAUUACACAAACCAAAGGCAAGGUCGUAAAUCUUAACACUGCCUGUAUUGCUUUGCUACAGGAAAUGAAACAUUUUACAUUCUGCAUGUGUUAAGCACUUGAACAGACAGAAGGCACUUUUUGCAAUUCGUAGUUGCAGCACACAGUUAGAAAAAUAGAAAUUUGGAAGGCCAAAUGCCACUUGUCUCGCCACAGACGUCAGUGGAAUCACUUGCGUAAAAUGACUUGGCCCUUACUUUUAUUGUUUCGAUUCAGCACAAACGUGUAUGAUUUAUUUGCACUACAGAAUUAGGGUCAUUAGAAGUUUCCGUCACCUGAGCCAUUAACCAAGAAUCUACUAUCAGCGAAAGAAAAAUCAGAUGUAGACAGAGGUAUAUCAAAAUGCUUAAGUUGCCAACUUAAAGGGAUUUUUUAAAAAAAAUAUAUCUACACUCAAAUAGCUUUUACUGUAAAUAAUCUUGAAAUUUAAAAUACUUUUGUCAGAGCUUGGAUGAACAGCUCUGAGCAAAGGUAGAGCCGUGAAAAGGUAACACCAAAAGUUGAAAUACCAAACAGAAGAGAACAUAAAUAUAUACCAUGCAAGGGACUGGAGAUGCAGACUAAAAGGCCUAUUGUCACCAGCUUUUUAGAGCAAUGUCAGCAUUGUGAAUAUGUCUACUCCUUCUGCCAAAGUUUCUAGGUCGAAUGGACCCCGAUCCUCAUCUGCAACAGAUGUACAAAAGGAAGAAUGAGACUUUAAAAACAAAAACAAACUCAAACAAAACACAAACAAAAGCCUAUUGUGAACUAACCAGCUGUACCAAGAGGACCAAAAUGCUUCGGUAACUAGAAGACUUUGCUACUUUUCUUUUUUUCCUCAAAUGUGAGGGACAGAAUGAAGUAGUUUUUCUACACCAUAGAAAUAUAAAAUCUUGAGAUAACAAGUAGUCAUGAGAGUAUUUUACGUUUUAUGACACAGGUUUCAAGUUGACAGCUUGACAUUUGUAACUGAUGUGUUGACCACGCUUACUUUUUCCAGGCUAAAGAAAAUGUUCGUAUUCUUUUUAUGUAAAUGUGUUUGUAUUUAUUUGAAACAAAGCAAAUGCCUAAGAAAAAUAACUAUGGCUUGUUCUUCUUGUUAGUUUUCAUACAUCCGAUUUGGCAUAAUGCAAAAUGAAAUGUGAAUCUAGGCAAGACCAAUGGCCUGAGUGGAAAAGGGAGGGCUGAUGCUCUUCAGCACUUUGCCACCCUCGUUGCAUGCAGUGCAGAGAUAAAGUCAUCAAGCUAGAUAAAAACCUGAGAGCAAGACGGCUCUCACAAUUUGAGAACGUAAGAAAGAGAUCCAACCCCGUGCUAGACAUUGGGGAGAGCUUCAAAGAGAGGGGAAAUAUAAUACAGCGUGACAUAAAGGUGCUAAAGUUCUAGCAAUUCCCAUGCAGGCUGGGUGCAGGCUAAAUCUCUGCUAGGAGUCUGAGGAACUGUCAUCAGUUCGGACUUUUUGCCAGGAUAAGUGAAAAGUAAGGAUUUUUAUUUUAGUUUCAGGUUUUGGCUGUGUUCCACUGAAUUGCUAAAAAGGUCUGUUGACAGAUUCCAGUUCUUUAAUUAGAACAAAUUUAACUAUAUGUUAAGUUUAUUUUGCCGUGCUAAAAUUAAGUAUUGUUUCCUCGAACGUUAGCAGAUUUCUUAAGUUUGAAUCAAAAAAAUCACAAGGAAUGUAAUGUUUCUUAAGGUGAGCAUAUCUUUUUUUUCAUCAACCCUGCAUUUUCUGCAGUAGAAUGACAGAGUAUCCAAACCCUGAUUUUCUCCUCAGAAAUGAGUUCAGAAUAACAUUGUUAUGAUUGACUUUUCUCAAAAUAUUUUGCUUUUUUAAAAUUGCAGAAUAGCAAUAACCACCUUUCUUAAAGCACUGAAAAGAUGAGGUUUGGAAGAGUGAUGUUUUCAGUGGUGUCUGUUUAGAUGUGAAUAGAAAUCCCAAAUUUGGCAGUUGUAGUUUCUAUGUAGAAUGAUGGCACUUAAAACGACUCUGGUAAUUGUGCAGUACAACUGCUGCCUCUUAUCGAGGUAUAUAACAUUAUAGAAGCACAAGUGAUCACUGAAUUACUAUGAUCCUCGUAGGAACCCAACCUGAAUUUUUGCUUUUAAUGAUUUUUUUUUUCCUGUAAACUAACAAGGAUUGAAGUAUGCAAUAUUCCAGAAACCAUAGAAGAAUAUCACUUGUUUUUUUAGUACCAUAAAGGCGAAAUGGGAAGGUCAUGCUUUGAGCAUGGGGUACUUAGGAAGGACAACUGUCUUGAGCAGGACCCUUGGAAGUGCUCAGCAUGGGCCUAUCUCAGAGCUCCCACUAGUUACCAGAAUCCCUUUCCUCGUAUGCUAGUACAUUAAUCUGUAAUAUAAUUUAUCACUUGUAGAAGUAAAUCUGUAAUGUAGGACAGGACUUUGUAAUUUAAGCACGGGACUAAUUUCACUCUCGUAAGCACUCGUUUUGCCUUUCUGUGGACUUUUUUGCAAGAGUGGAGUUGCUCGCACCUAAUCGUUGCACUUAACCCUGGCUCCUGCCGUUUACAGUUCAUGGACUACUUCUGUAUCUGCACCCAACAGGGGCUAUCUGGGGCAGCAGCUGGCCUACCCCAGUUCUAUUAAUUAAAGUUUAAUCUUGAAUUUGAACCACAGUUGCGGGUGCAAUCCAUAGCAGGAUUGGGUCCCAGAUUUCUCUCCCAAAUACUGAAUUUUGCAACCUCUGGACUGCCUGAAAUUGCUGUGAAAUAGCUCAGGGGAUUUCUGUUCAUCGCUACUAAAAGGGCACCAUAAUGUGUUUGGUACUUUUGUGCAGUAAGCAGCUGCCAGGUGUUUAAAUUGGAACAAACACAUAAAAUGAAUUGUUUAUCCAUUGUACUGUUGAGAAACUUGGUUGUGUAUCUUGAGGAUAAUUUUUAGAGUUUUGUGAUUUUUAUUCCUAGUCAUGUAAGAAAAUUAGAGUGCCUUUUUAUAUUUGUGUAUUCUGAAACUGUUUUGUGAAACUUGUCUUUUUUUUUUUUUUUUUUUUUCAUUUGAGUGUUAAAAAAGCAAUAUAUGACCGGUAAAUUUUCAUUUGAACCCUUCUCUGAAUGUAAAAAGUGUUUCUUCUUUUUGUAUGUUCUACCUGCAUUGAAAUGAAAAUUAAUAGGCUAAAUUUCUAUAGGAAUAAUGUAUAAUUUUGCAGUGCUGAAAAUGCUUUCUUAUACACAAAAAGUAAACCUUAGGUCAGUGUUAUAGGAAGGAGCGUUUUAAACUAGUGACAAUCUGAGUGUGUGUAUAAAAUGUAAUUUUAUGCGUUUCUUAUGCAGUGAUCUAUAUAUUAAAGCCAAUAUCUUAUGUUUUGUAGGUUUUGUCUUAUAUUUUAUGCUUUAGCAUGUGCAAUAUAUCUUUACAAACAAUGGUGACGAAUCUGGUGCCAGUGUUAUAUUUUGCAUAACAUAUUUGUAAUAAACAAUAUAAAAUAUUGU